AUGUACUACCGUGGAGCCAUUGGGACAUCCCGCAGUCCCACCACUUUAAUAUUGGCCAAACCGACAUACCCCGUUACCGUCUAUCAACUGGCCAUAUAUGUCCGAACUGCUUUAUGCUCUGCGCCAACCCUCGGAUGCGCGCAGGAUAUAAAAUUUCCAUCCACCUGCACAAGGGUGUGUAUCGAAAAUUUGAAGGGCUCACGCGACCUAAUCGGCGUUGCUUGCGGUGGAGGUCAGAUGGAUAAACUGGUUGACUCCCCAGGCUUGUUCAACUAUAUGGCCACCCAUCUCUUCCACUGGAUUUCUGCAAGCGAGAUACGUCGGAUCCUGCAGGUAGACAUGCAUGAUGUCAGUGGGUGGCAUGGAGUUUCUCCCGCCGUUGGAUACAUCCCCCAGAUGUUGUUGAUAUUGAUGUAUCCUCUUUGGUUCUGGUUCCUAUUGGGUGUUUAUAUUAAGAAGUAA